GGGUCCGUGCCAGCAAGCCGACAUGAGCUCUGCACCCGGCGAUGCGCCCCACAGCUGCCGGCAGCGGCGCGUGGGGAGGACGCAUCCCUCGUGGGGACACCGCGUCCUUCGUGGGCACACCGUGUCCACACGGCUGGGGGGCUUCACUGCCGGGGCCUCGCGCUUCGGGCAGCCUCAGGUCCCGGUGCACUCGGCCGCCCUGCAGAAGGGCUGGGACGAGCACGACGGUGGCACCCCUGGGUUUCUCCUGCGCGAAGGCGCUGCUGGCCACGGGGCUGCUGCUGCUCUGGCUGGUGCCGGCAGCACCGCUGGUGCUGCAGCAGCCCCAGCCCGUCCUCUUCAUGGAGCCCGGGGCCACGGUGGAGAUCGGCUGCAUUCCGGAUGAGAAGUUCGAUGGCAGAGGCAAAGUGCUCUGGUACCGGCAAGGCCGUGGGGAACGGCCCCGGCUGAUCCUCAGCUGCAUCCAGGAGGCUCAGGAGGGAUUUUCCUGUGAGUACACGAGGCAACGCGCCGUGCUGCACAUCGCUGCUGCCCGCCCCGACCACACCGGCCUCUACCUCUGCGCCUACAACAUCGGCUCCAGUCUGAAGUUCGGCAACGGCACCGCGCUGAUCGUGGGAGACAGCUGGAGGGCCCAGAGCUGGGUGCGGGUGCUGGCGCCCCACGGCUCCCCUUCAGACCCCCCCGGCCUGGUCUGUGCCGUGGGCAACACCAGCGGCCCCGUCCUCGUCUCCUGGCCGGGGGGCACCCGAGCCCAGGAGGUGCUGGGGCUGGGGGACAGCACAGAGCUGCUCAUCAGCCCCGCGGGCAUCGCUGGGAGCACGGGGGGGCUCUGCGAGGUGCGCUUCAAUGCCUCCGGUCCCCCCGUCCGGAGGAGCGUGGAGCUGCACGGGGCCAAGGGUGCCUGCACGACACCAAGUGCCGUGGCCAUGGCCGCAGCCGGGGCGCUGCUGCUGCUCGGCCUCAGCAUCAGCGUCUGCUGCCUCCUCCGCGCACGGACGGGACUCCGGCCCAGAGCCCCGGACCCUCCUGCACCCCAGCACCAGCAGGGAGAGCUGACGUACACCCAGCUCCGCUUCGCCACCCCAGCGAAGGCAGCGCCGUGACCCACGGGGCUGGGCCCCAAGGCCUCGGUGGCGGCACCGUGCAGCCCCGGGAGGCUGCGGCUGCCCCGGCCACCACGACAAGGGGGAAGAAGGAACGGGAUUGAACCUCAAACGAGGGGGAGAUAACGAGACUGGAGCUCGAAGGAGGAGUGAAUAACGGGAUUGGACCUCAAAUGUGGCGUUAAUAAAGAGACUGAACCUCAAACGAGGAGUAAAUAACGGGAUUGGACCUCAAACAUGGAGUUAAUAAAGAGAUUGAAGCU